AUGAUUGGGCUUUUGUUGGUUGAUAAACGGCAAUUAUGGAUGAAUAUUGUUGAUAUUAUCACAGCUAGAAAUAGUUUAUGGGUAGUGGGAGGGGAUUUUAACUCAGUUCGGUAUGAGGAUGAAAGGCGAAAUUCCAACUUUAAUGCGGCAGCGGCUAGAGAGUUCAACUUUAACGCGGGAUGGGCGUCUGCUGAAUACAGAGUUUUGCCAAAAGGUCGGCCCGAUCAUUGUCCGGUCAACCUCAAGACAUUUUCAGGUAACUUCGGGCCAAAACCAUUUCGGUUUUUCAACUCUUGGUUACAAAGGGACGAUUUCGAGGGGGUGGUGUUGAAGGCAAAUAAUGAAUUUCGUGGACAUGGUUCUCCUGAUGUGGUGUUAUUACAAAAGCUCAAAUGGUUUCGAAAAUACAUCACAGAGUGGAAGGAAAUUAUUAAACAAAAAGAUCUUGAGGAAGAAUUGAUUUUAAAUAAUGAGGUUGAAGAUCUUGAUAUAAUUCGCGAACAAAGGGAUUUGAAUGAAGAGGAAGAAUGGGUUUGGGAGGAGAGUCGAAGACGAAUUAGAGAAAUAGAAGAGUUCAAAUAUAAAGAUCUGCAACAGAAAUCUAGAUGUAAAUGGGCAACAGAUGGGGAUGAUAACACACGGUAUUUUCAUGGUCUCAUUAACAAAAGAAAGGCGUCAAACAGUAUUCCAGGGUUGAUGGUUAAUGGGAAUUGGGAGACGAAGGCGUCUAAAAUUAAAAAAAGAAGUUUUUCAAUUUUUCAAGAAGAAGUUCGUUGUGGAAAUGAAAGUUAG